ACAAUGUCAUAUCAUCCUGAUGCAUUAGUAGUUCCGAAGUGUUGCUGACAAACACCACAUCUGAUUUUAUUACGUCGCGUUAAUUUGAAUUUCUAAUAGUACGCAACAAGUUUCUAUUCUGGAAGCAUAAUCUUGAAGCAGAUGUUAUAAUUUCCAACUAUACACAAACGUUGCUCGAGAUAAUUGAUCAACAGCUACAGGAUAUAAUGGGGCCUUUUGAAAUAUUGUGCGGCAUUGCUGCAAUAUGUCUCGCUAUGUAUUAUUACUUGACAUCGACCUACGAUUUUUGGAAAUCACGUGGCAUUCGCGGUCCAGAACCGAUACCAGUUUUCGGUAAUUUUAAAGAUGUUAUGUUUAAUAAAAAAUUUGCUGGUGAAUACUUGAUGGAUAUGUAUAAAGAGUACAAAGAUGAAUCCAUGAUUGGAAUAUUCGCUAGAAAAACACCAAUUCUUAUUGUAAAAGAUCCUGAGUUAGUUAAAGAUAUUCUCAUCAAAGAUUUCUCCAAAUUCGCCGACAGAGGACUUACUGUUAGUGAAAAAACUGAUCCAUUAUCGCAACAUCUUUUCGCUUUGGAGCCUAAAAGAUGGCGACCUUUAAGAACAAGAUUGUCGCCCGUUUUUACAUCCGGUAAAUUAAAGGAGAUGUUCUCUUUAAUGUCGGAAUGCGCCGAUCAUCUUGAACAAUAUAUAGAUAAAAUAGUGAAAAAAAACGAGCCGAUAGAAUGUCGCGAAUUGACGGCCAAAUACACGACCGAUGUAAUCGGUAAUUGCGUUUUCGGCAUUGAGAUGAACGCUUUGUCGGACGAAGACAGCGAAUUUCGCAGGAUGGGAAGAUUAAUUUUCACACCAACGUGGAAGAAUAUUCUACGAUUAAGAAUAAGAGAAAGCAUGCCACGGAUCUACGACAUGUUAAGUUAUAUCAUACCACAAUCAGAAGUCACCAAAUUUUUCAUACGUGUCGUUGUAGAUAGCAUGAACUAUAGAGAAACGAAUAAUGUCAUUAGACAUGAUUUCAUUGAUCUACUUCGUGAAUUAAAAAAACAUCCUGAGAAAGUGGGUGAUAUCAAAUUAACCGAAAGCUUGAUAGCUUCUCAAGCAUUCGUGUUUUUCCUGGCCGGCUUUGAAACUUCAUCAACGACCAUAAGCCAUGCACUCUAUGAAUUGGCAAUAAAUCAAGAUGUACAAGACAAAUUACGUGAGGAAAUUGACGAAGAGUACACUAAAAAUGGUAGCAAUUUAAUAUACGAGAACAUAAAGAAGAUGAAUUACUUGGAUAAAGUUUUUAACGAAACAUUACGAAAAUAUCCGCCAGUGACAUUUCUUAUGAGACAAACGACGUCAAGUUACACUUUCGAGGGUACCACAGUUAAUAUACCAAAAGACCAAAAAGUAUGGAUUCCGAUUUUUGCGAUUCAACGGGAUCCGAAUAUUUAUCCGAAGCCAGAUAUUUUUGAUCCAGAAAGAUUUACUGAAGAAGCAAUGCAAACCAGGAAUGCGAUGCAUUUUCUACCUUUUGGUGAUGGACCAAGAAAUUGCAUCGGUUCUCGCUUUGCUAUUUAUCAGACCAAGAUUGGUCUUAUAAAAAUACUACGAAAUUUUAAAGUCGAAACUUGUAAUAAAACACAAAUACCCUACGUGAUUGAUCCUAAAGCGUUUCUAUUAGCUCCAAAGGAUGGAAUAUAUUUGAAAAUAAUUAAAGUUAAUCGAACUUAAUUUAAAUUUUGUCAU